GUUGAAAGUUCCUUAUACAAAUAUAAUCAUAAAGUCACUUGAACAUAAGAGUGUAAAGCGUUUAAAACUAAUUUGAUAAACUAUUUAAUUGUUUUCUUCCUUUAUGUAGCGUGUAGUAGCAGAGACAUGAACCUUUUUUUUUAAUUUACCAGUGCUACAUGUACACUGCAGUGCUGUGCAUCGAUACGGCUUAUUUCAGCAUCGGUUUGGAGCUGCAACAUUGUGUGGAUGUUAAAUGUCACUCCUCGUGCCUAUUUCACUUGACGAAAUAUUUUGAUCAAUUGUCAGCAGCAUAGCAGUAUGUACAUUAUUUGGUGAAUAAGCGAAGAUUGAUUCCUAGAUACUGCCUAAAUAACGUUAUGAUACGUCUAACAAGUUAUUCAUCUGAGGACUCGCUUAUUUUUCGUGAUUUGAAGCAAUGUCGAAAAAAAUCAUCACCGAAAAGAUUUUUGAAGUAUGUUACAACUAAUGAAUAUGAUAAUAUUCUUGUGCUUGAAAAUGUUACAUUCAAUCCACAUCUGGUAAAGCUUUUGUACACAAAGUUCCGCCGAAAUUUAUGCAAUGGCAGAUGCAUGUCAAUUGGAAGCAACAUUUCUGAUAAACAAAAAUCAGGUACCUUUGCUGUAUGCACACAAAUGCGGAAGGAAUACUACAAUGACAUAGAUUUUUGUUUAAAAGACUAUGGACAGCUGGAUAAGAAGAAAGUGAAUGAUAUAAAAGAACAUGAAGCUUCGUUUAGCAUCACAUAUGAAGAUUAUCUGGAUUCAACAGUAUCCCCAAAAUGGAAUAGAGAAUAUAAAAACCCAGAAAUAAAUAAUAAAUACGUUGAUGUAUUGAGUUCCAAUGAAUCUACAAUAUUCCUAGAUGCAAUUGAUGUGGAUUAUGAUAUAAAAGCACAGCAAGAUAGUGAUGAGGAUACCAUGAAAUCUAUCACUAAAACCAGUACAAGUAAAAUAUCACUAGAGAGCCUUGCGUUACCACAAAGUGAUGAAUUUUCACAAGAAGAGAGCAUAGCCGUCUUGGAAACAAAUACUACAAGAGAGAUGACUGUAAUGACCAAGGACGUACUAAAUGAUGGCGACUGGGGUAAAGAAAGAGAAGUUCUGGUACUAAGAGAUGAGAAAAAAUCUUUUGGCAUAAGCAUAGUUGGAGGAACGGUUAAUGUGUCAGAUGAUACUGUUGUUUCCGGAAUAUUCAUCAAAAACAUAAUACCAAACAGUCCAGCAGACAGCUGUGGACUACUGAAGAUUGGCGAUAGAAUACUAGCGGUAGACGGCAUAGAUAUCAGUCAAUCCUCACAUGAACAUGCUGUGAAAACAAUAAAAAAUGCAGACAGCAAAAUGAUAUUACAAGUUCAAAGCUUGGUGAAAAAGAUUGAUGACUGUACUGAAACAUCAACCCUUCUCAAGAAAGCACCACCACCAAUAACACCCUGUAAGACUCCUGAAUUAGAAUUAAUUCAUGAAGGAAACGAGGUCACCAUCAAUGUUAUUAAGGAGCAACUAUCCUCAACGGAGAACAUUAAUGCUGACAUAAUCAAGCUACCAAUACCCGUUAACUCAGUUUCUCAGCAACAACCAGAUACAGAUUCUGACAACUCAUCUGACGACGAGGAUGUUCGUGAUCUUGAAGGUAAAACUUAUACAAAGGAUGGUAUUGAAAUUGAUCGUGCUUCCGCCGGUAACAUCAAGAGGACUAAGGAAGAAAUAGCAUUAGAUACAGAGGAGGAGGAUUGCUUUGGUUAUACUGCAAGUGAGUAUUUUUUAAGAGGGAGCUCUCAUCAAGCUGUAUUCGAUCUUGAGUAAUAUUGGCGUGCGCGAUUAUUUGGAAAAAGAGCGAGGAUGCACGUCUUACAGUUCUUUUAAGAACGGAAAAGAAGGAAGAAAUUGAUCUUUUUAGAUCUGAAACUGCUUGUCGUCAUGAAGACCAUCUUGUAUCGGAAUUCCCUUUUAACGUUACUCCGAAAUACUAAUUGAGAACCACCUCACUAUGCCCCUGGCAGUCAAUGAACGCUAAUGUCACUUCUAUGCGCAUAUUAAUCAACUAUCAACUUAUAGCUGCAAAAAAAAACAAUAAAGUGGAUAUAUUACUUAUCAAAUAGCCUUGAUUUCUACACAACCUACCACUCUUGCUGAAUAACACAAACAUCAAAAUUGCUUUUUCAACAACCAAACAACCUGCAUUCAGCUAAUAAACUAUGUUAGCGCUACUUUGGGCGCAUUUUUACAUUCAACUCGGUGAUUUACACUCCAGCGCUGGAAGUUUCGGACCUCCAUUAUCUCUAAAGCGCUCUAGCUGCAUCAUCGGGAUGCGGGUGAGCAUUUCUCUCCACAGGAAGGCACCCAUCGUUGAUGUGAUGUUCGCCAAGCGACGGUAUUAUGGACACAAGGUACCAAACCUUGGCUGUUGGUGCGGCCAAAUAAAAA